AUGCAUCCCGUUUUCCCCUUUGCGAUCUUCGUCGCAAGCAGUCUGCUUGGGACAUGGAAUGACAUCCCCUCGUACCCAGCGAUUAUCGGCUCCUUACAAGUCGCAGGUACCUUGUGGGCACUCGAAAAGAAGUUGGACCCAAUCAUCUCGGAGGUCCAGGACAUCGGAAAGGAUGUGGCCUCGGGCGAUUACCCUGUCGCUGAGCUUCUGACUGACAUCAAGGGAGUAGUCCAAGGAACGUCUCCCAACCUCGUAUCUAGACUGCGCUCCAAGUCACAAGAUAGUGAUCUAUGGGACAAUGACGACGGUGAGAAGCUCCCUCCUGCUGACUUUGCGGCUGAAUCUGGAAAGCCCAGGAACGGGUUUCUUUGUCGAAUCUUCAGCGCGACUAGGACUUACUUGCUUGUUUUCUUUGUAAUUGCUGUUGACUUGGUUCUUCAUUUCUGGAUUACGAAGACUGUCACGGAAUAUGUAUACCUGCCUGCACAACGGAGCUUGGAUGUGGUGCACCGCAUGUCAUCUGUGUGCCUUGAUGAGGUUCUGUCUCUGAAACGCGCAAUGAUAAGUAUUUCCCGGCAAAAUCGCUGGAACUGGCCUGAAGAAGAGAGACAAGAAGUAGCCGUUGAUCAUGUCGUGCCUGAGUAUUCUGGUAUGGGCCUAGAGGCGGAGCCGGCUUUGAAUACUGCUAUUCUGUCUGUUUUUUCUCUUGCUGGAUUCUGGGUACAAGCCCUCAGCUUGUACAUCCUCGGACUAUUUGGCAAUUCCAAGAAAGUAACGACGAGCUCUAAGGGUCCUGGCAGCGCUGGGACCAUUACUUCUGCGGCCUCGGUUGAUAAGUCUGAGAUUCCAGGCGCCAAAUCAUCAAAGAACUCUCUCUCUGAUCUACAAAAGGACCGGACCGGGGCUGUGAAUUCUACGAAGCAAGACUAUGGCUCUAGUCAAUCAGUCCGGCCACCAUACACUGCUUCAAGCACCCAAGCUGUGCCCCCAGUCGCCAAACCAGCAAGUACUACUCGUACACAGCCCUUGGUUACCAGCUCCAAUGCCAGCUCUCCAGCUGCUAACUCGCAUGCCCAACCGCCGACAGUUACUCCAAAUACGGACUCCUCGUCUCUUACCCCAAAGAGCCUUCCAUCGACGACCGGUGGCGAUCCAAAGAUCCAACCCACAGCCUCCAGUCCGAACAUCCAGUCUCCAGCUACCAACCCCUUCGCAAGACCCCCAACUGUGAGUGCCAACAACGGGCCCCCGCCUCCCAACCCAACCACAAAGCCUCCAGCUCUCAGCUCAGCAGGCAAACCGACUGCUAAGCCCGCAGCUAAAGUUGUUUCUAGCGGCCGCGGUCCAUCCGCUAGCCGACACAGCGUUCCUAGCAAGACCCCCUCGCGGACUGAAAGCCGAAACCCUUCCGAGGAAAGAGGAAGAGGUAGGCCUCUUACGAGACCUGAAACCACACCUGCUGCACCUGCCGCACCCGCCGCACCUACGAGCAAGCCAGCUGUAGCUGCGUCUGCUAGCAAGCUGACCGGUGCUCCUGUGAAUAUCCCACAGAAUGAACUUAAUCGGCCUACGGGAUCACGUACACCUGCUGGUAAACCAGCUGGUGCUCUGAGCAGCCAACAAACUGGAGCUUCGCGGGGCGGCACUCAGAAUCGUAUGCCCGCUACUUCAAGCAGGCCCAGUGGUCCUACUGCCGGUAAGAGUAAUCGCUAA